CGAGCUUUGAGGGCCACUGGCCCAGCUCCCAAUGGCUUGAGCUCUUCACUGUCAUGGCGGAUGACGAAGGUUCCCUGCUGCUUGGAAUCGAUCUGAAUUCAUUGGACGUAGACUCUCUCCUUGGGCCGCUAGCAAGGGGUUCCAAAGCUGGCCUGGGCUUCCGGCAAAGACCUCCACGGGUGGGAGUCGAAGGAACAAGGGCUGAUGAAGUUAUCUCAGCGCAGAAAAAGGCCUUAGAACAGCCUGCCUUGCCUCGUGCGAUAAAGGCCAAGGCUGCCAAUUGCCUAGCUCAUGGGCCUGCGUUGGUUGGUGGCAAAUGUGGUGACCGCCUCCAGUUCACUGUUACCGCGAUCUCUGAGGAUGGCGAUGUCAUGAAAGAGGGCGGUUCAUCAGUCACUUGCAUUGUGACUGGCACCAAUCUAAUGUCCAAAACUCAACCAGAGCCACGACCGUUCGUGGAAGAUUUACAGGAUGGCACCUACCAUGUUCAGUUUGUCUGCGCUACACCGGGCAGCUAUGAGAUCAGUGCCUUUGUGGAUGGUAACAAACUGCCCAUGUGUCCGGUAGUCAUUCACAUUGCGCCGGGAUCUCCAAGCGCGACCACAACUCAGGUGCGUGGAGAAGGCGUGCAGCGCUGCACUUUGGGUGGUUCGGCAGAGUUUACCAUCCAAGCGAUGGACGAAUUUGGCAAUCUGUGCGGAGAGGGAGGAGCACGUUUCGGCGUUCGUGCCAGUGCCCAUGUGCGGCUGCAUGAGGUCAGUGACAACGAGGAUGGUACGUAUACAGUCACAUACUCUGUGCCUGACUGGGCACAAGGCCCCUUGAAAUUGGAGGUCCUCCUGGACGGGCAUCCCAUUCGAGGGUCGCCUCUGAUGCCCAGAAUCAUCGGUUUGAUCCCUGAAAAGAUCAAUGCAGAGGCCAAGGCCAAGGGCAAAGGCAAUGGUCGCAUCCUGAAGGGAGCGGGAGGCACUUUCACUGACCAGCUACCGUCUUUGCGAUGGCUGCGAGAAAAUCCACCUCUGCCAGUGCCAGACAUUCCACCUCCUGAUGUCACAACAGUGGCAUUGACCGGAGGUGUGAAAGGAGAUCGAGCCGAUCCUUCAGAGGCCUCUUCGCGGCUCGCUUGGUCUGCUGCCGACGAGUGGCGGCGACUUGCGGAAGUCCGUAGUGAGAUGGAAAGGUGCCGUGAUCAGCUUGUCGAGCACCAGGCAGUCCUUUUGCACGUGGGUGAUGCGAUUCACUCUGAGGUUGAUCGGCUUCAGGAGUGGGAGAGGAAUGUGCGCUUGCGGGAAGAUGAGCUAGGUGAGGUUGAAAAACAACUGGAAGGAAUGAGGGCAGAGAUUCAGAAGCAAUAUCUCACGCAAAAGCGAUUGCUUGAAACCAUGGCGAGCAAGGAUGAAGGUGGCAGAGCUUCAGUCCAACCGGCAGCCGGAACGCUAAAAGGAGCCCGUCCUGCUGCAUCAAGUGCAAGCAAGGCUGGGGAGACAGGCAUAGCCGACCAAGGUGGUCAAUCAUCCAUAUCUUCGGCUUGGCCUGACAGAGAGGCAAGGAGUUCUGCCAAAGGCACAGCCCUUGCACCGGGCACACAGGUCAGUGCAGAAGAAGAGCUAAUUGCCCUGCAACGGGGCAUUGAGCAGAAGAAGCGCCAGCUUCGAGUUUUGGAAGAGGAAGCUGGAAAUACUGCAAGACCUCUAUUUGCCUCAGGCAAUGGCUUGCAAGGUAUAUUGAAAGGCAAUUCUCCAAGAGAAAAGCCACUGCACCCUAUGUUGGAGGGACGCUUGCUUUCAGAAAUGGCUCCACCACCUGUGCCACCCCCACUAGAUGCAGCACCGCCCCCGGACUUUGGGGACGGACGGCCACGAGGACGUAGUCCGAGGUCAUUUGCAGACACCUCAAAGCCUGCAGAGGCCACUUUUGGGCUUUCAGAAGCGCCUGAGGAGCUUUCGGUGGGUCGAAACCCUCGUGGUGGCCUUCUCCGUGCGCCGCCGCCCCCGCCAGCACCGCCUCCGAGCAUUGCUGCAGGUGGCAUCUCUUCUGCCAAAGGUGCUGGAGAAGGUGGCGAGACAAGAGCACCCAACAACUCAACUUACGUUGGUUCGUCUGGGAUGGCCUCGCCAGAAGAGCUGGGACAGGCCAUGAAACAGCUCUUCCAUUCUUUCGCAAGUCGGGCAGCCGGAUCUGUGGCAAAGCCCGGUGGAGGUCGCUCCGGACGAGUAGCCUUGGGUUUGCAGGAGAAGUCUGAGAAGUGUGUUGCAAUGUCCAUGGUGCGAGUGAAGCAUUGUGGACCGUGGACACCAGAAGUACAACAGCCAUUUGAGGUCAAAGAUGAGAACACAUCAACAUUUAAACUUGUUCUAUCUAAGAGCAAGUCCAGUAGCUUCAGCAGCUUUAGUUCCCACUCAGCUCUACAGAUAACUAGACUCAGAGUGAACCAAAUGGAAAACAAGGAACGUCUGCCUGGAUUGAGUCGACUUGUAUUCAAUCACAUUGCAACCUGUGCCAAAAAUGGCCGGUGGUCGGUACAGAGGGUCCUACAAUGAGCUUUCAAAGGCCAUGUCGUGUCUUUUAAGACAUGCUGGGCAAAAGAGGGGCCUGUAUUUCACUGCAGGUGGCUUCGUCCGCCUUUGGGAUGUGGUCCCAUGCCUGCGGUGCCAUCGAGUUUCUGA